AUGAAAGGAGCCUCAGGGGACUCCCAGUUGGGGCUAGCCAAGGAUGAAGAUGGGCCAUCCAGAAUGCAGGAAGAACACUUGAAACCAGAGAUAGAUUCCCAGAAGGGGAAGCUUUCCGGGAAAAGGAGCCCUGAACACAGUGGUUUAGGGACAGAUGAGGAUGUGUUUUCAAGGAUUGUACAGGAGCAAGUUACUCCAGGAGAUGCAGUCCAUAGCCAUAACUCAUGUGGAUCAGGUCAAGAUCCCGGGAUUCAGGAAGAGGAAAAUAUCUUUAAAUGCAAUGAAUGUGGGAAGGUUUUUAAUAAGAAACGCCUCCUUGCUCGACACGAGAGGAUUCACUCUGGAGUGAAACCCUAUGAGUGCACAGAGUGUGGGAAAACCUUCAGCAAGAGCACAUACCUCCUUCAACAUCAUAUGGUCCACACUGGGGAGAAGCCCUAUAAAUGCAUGGAGUGUGGGAAAGCCUUCAACCGCAAGUCACACCUUACACAGCACCAGCGGAUUCACAGUGGAGAGAAGCCUUAUAAGUGCAGUGAAUGUGGAAAGGCUUUUACCCACCGUUCUACUUUUGUCUUGCAUAACAGGAGUCACACUGGAGAAAAACCCUUUGUGUGCAAAGAAUGUGGGAAAGCCUUUCGAGAUAGGCCAGGUUUCAUUCGACACUACAUCAUCCACAGUGGGGAGAAUCCCUAUGAAUGCUUUGAGUGUGGCAAGGUCUUCAAACACAGGUCAUACCUCAUGUGGCACCAACAGACUCACACAGGGGAGAAGCCCUACGAGUGCAGUGAAUGUGGGAAAGCCUUUUGUGAGAGUGCAGCCCUGAUUCACCACUAUGUCAUCCACACCGGGGAGAAGCCCUUUGAGUGCCUCGAGUGUGGGAAGGCCUUCAACCACAGGUCAUACCUCAAGAGGCACCAGCGGAUUCACACUGGGGAGAAACCUUAUGUGUGCGGUGAAUGUGGAAAGGCCUUCACUCACUGCUCUACUUUUAUCCUGCAUAAAAGAGCCCACACUGGAGAAAAACCUUUUGAGUGCAAAGAAUGCGGGAAAGCCUUUAGCAAUAGGGCAGACCUCAUACGACACUUCAGCAUCCACACUGGAGAGAAGCCCUACGAGUGUAUGGAGUGUGGGAAGGCCUUCAACCGCCGGUCAGGACUCACAAGGCACCAGAGGAUUCAUAGUGGAGAGAAGCCCUAUGAAUGCAUUGAGUGUGGGAAAACGUUUUGCUGGAGCACAAACCUUAUUCGACACUCCAUCAUUCACACUGGAGAGAAGCCCUAUGAGUGCAGUGAAUGUGGAAAGGCCUUCAGUCGCAGCUCAUCGCUCACUCAGCAUCAAAGGAUGCAUACUGGGAGAAACCCUGUUAGUGUAACAGAUGUGGGAAGACCUUUCUCGAGUGGGCAAACCUCAGUCAACCUCCAAGAACUUCUGUUGGGGAAAGACUUUUUGAAUGUAACCACUGAGGAAAGUCUUUUGCAGGAAGAGACAUCUUAUGUGGCAUCUGAUCAUUCAUACCAAAGGGAAACCCCACAAGUGUCUUCACUGUGAGC